AUGGGGCAUUUGGGAAUGCAUAAGCUGUGUGUAGAGGAAGAAGAGGCAAAGCGUGUCAUAGAAGCCAUCCAUGGAGGAAAGUGUGGAGCCCAUAUGAAAGGUACAAUGCUUACUAGAAAGAUCCUUAUACAAGAAUACUACUUGUUAACCAUGGAGGUUGAUUGUAUUGACUUCAUUAGGAGAUGCCACAAAUGUCAAAUCCACGCCCAUCGCAUGAAUAUCCCUCCAUCAAAACGCUGCAACAUGACUUUGCCUUGGCCUUUCUCAAUUUGGGGCAUAGACAUUAUCAAGGCAGUCACACCGAAUGGUUCAAAUGGGUAUCAGUUUAUCUUGGUUGCCAUUGAUUAUUUUACCAAGUGGGUUGAAGCACAGUCGUUUUCAAUGUUAAAAGCAUCACACAUGGCUAAAUUCAUCAGGAAUAACAUCAUUUGCAAAUAUAGGGUGCCAAACGAAGUAAUUUCAGAUAAUGGCUCACACUUCAGAGGAGAAGCGACAAUUCUACUUGAGAAAUAUAACGUGGCUUUUCACAAGUCAUCAACUUACAAGCCACAAACCAAUAAAGCAGUUGAAGCUGCAAAUAAAACAUCAAGACUAUUUUGUGUAAAAUUGUGA